AUGGCCACGGCAGCAGUUGAGCGGCCAACUACGGCAGAGGAGCGCGUUCUCGCCUUGAACAACCCGCCACCGCGGCCACAGAAAGCCCCGGAUAUUUCUCAUCGCCAAAGGGCCGCUAUCAACACCCGAGGUGCAGGCGUUGCAAGAUCGUUAAUGAAUGGACCAGUUGCCGCUGACAUUCCGGACUCUCCGCCACCGGCUGCGCCCUCAAAAAAAAUUGUCCAUGCGAGUCCCUCUGACUUUCUCGCCGGCCCAAAGGAACCUGGUCAUGUGAAGCGCGGAGUUCGCCGCUACGAAGACAGGAAUGAGUCCACUGUCGGCAAGGCCCUCACAGAGGAGUGGAUCCUCGGCCGUAAGGAGGACGAUCCCGUGCCGCAGCACGUUGUGAGGCAACGCGGUCCUAAGGACAAUCUCGAGGGUCUUUGUUGCAGCGUCAGGACGGAAGAGGCGAAGCCGCGGCUGCAGCGGGCACCAGGACUGGCACCGCCGCACACCACUGCAGCUCCUUACAGCGAAACGGAGCUCCCGCCUCGGCCCGCGGAAGCGUUGCCCGUAAAGGGAAAGCGCCGCUUCCAUGAACAAACCAGCGUGAAUCUCUUUGGACGUGCAACCAUAUCAACUCGUCAAGCCGAGGCCGACAGAAAGGCAGAACGAUUGCUGCACUCACGCCGAAACAAGGCGAAUGAGUCGCUUGACGUGCUGAACCUUGGUCAGUAUACCCGCGAAGACCUAAACGAGGUGGAGCGCAAGAUUGUGCUUGGGCCUCGCCAGUUCAUCCCGGCGUCGUUGCCUCCUCGCCAGCGCCCCAUCAUUGCCCGUUUGAAGUCGCACGCGAAUGAGACGCAUGACAUUUUUGGUACUGGCAAAGGUGUUGAGGACGUCGAGCCGGUGCACCGCAAGAAUCCUGGUGCCAGCGCCCCGAAGAACAGUUGUGCUGCAAACAUUUUCGGCGGCCCUCCGCUGGAGCAGAAACCCCCAAGGCCUUUCCGCCCGAGCCAAUUGCUCACCUAUGAAGAGGCGCCCAAUUUGUCGAAGAAACGCAAGGAUUUGGUGGAAGCUCCCGCACGUCCCGCUUCAGCUAACGCAGCCGCGGGCGGGUCGGGGAAGAAGCUGGAAGCGGGCCAACUCUUCAACUCCAAGUCCCCCGAUAUCGAACCCCGCGGUGGGCGCUGCCGUGGUGUGUAUGCACCCAAAACCGGCACCAACAACAUCUUCUGA